GGGUCGGCGGGAGUCGGACCGGAAGCGCGGCCUGGCGCGGUUGCCGUGACAGCGGUCCCGGAGCCGCCAUGGAGGCCGCGGCCGCGCUCACCGACAUGUACGACCAGGCGCUGCUGGGGAUCCUGCAGCACGUCGGGAACGUGGAGGAGUUCCUGCGCAUCCUCUUCGGCUUCCUCUACCGCAAGACCGACUUUUACCGUCUCCUCUUGCGGCCCGGGGACCGCCUGGGCUUCCCCCCCGGCGCGGCGCAGGCCAUGGCACUCCAGGCAUUCAAAGUCUUUGAGCGGAUGGCCCGGCAGGAUGAUGAGAAGAGGCGCCAAGAGCUGGAGGCGAAGCUGAGGAAGAAGGAGGAGGAGGAGGCUGCCGCAGCCGCCGAGAGGGUGAAACUGCCCCCUGCAGCUCAGGAGGUUGAGGUAGAGACAACAGCAGAGGACGUUCCAGCGGCGGAUGCUGGGGGAGCUGCAGGGAUGCAGGAGUCGGCCGUAGCCCAGGAUGCAGCCCCCAGUCCUGCGUCAGCAGAGCCCCUGGGGGCCGCUGCCCCGGCAGAGCCCCAUCCAGCAGAACUGCCCACGAGACAGGAGCAGUUCCAGACAAACCCUGACAGCUACAAUGGAGCUGUGCGAGACAAUUAUGCCUGGUCCCAAGACUACAGCGACCUGGAGAUUAAAGUGCCCGUGCCCAAGCACAUCGUAAAAGGCAAACAGGUGUCUGUGGAUAUCAGCAGCAGCACGAUUCGCGUAGCGGUGCUGGAGGGGAGCAGCCAGCGCAUCCUCAUGGAAGGGAAGCUCACGCACAAGAUCAACACGGAGAGUUCCCUGUGGAGCCUGGAGCCGGGGAAGUGCAUUUUGAUCAGCUUGAACAAAGGGGAUGAGUACUGGUGGAACGCCAUCCUGGAGGGCGAGGAGCAGAUCGACAUCGACAAGAUCAACAAGGAGCGCUCCAUGGCCACGGUGGAUGAGGAAGAGCACGCUGUGCUCGACCGCCUCACCUUCGACUACCACCAGAAGCUGCAGGGCAAGCCCCAGAGCCACGAGCUGAAGGUGCACGAGAUGCUGAAGAAGGGCUGGGACACCGAGGGCUCUCCCUUCCGCGGCCAGAAGUUCGACCCCUCCAUGUUCAACAUAUCCCCUGGCGCUGUGCAGUUUUGAUGGUGGCGAAAAACAGCCUAGAAACGAAGCGGGGAGAGGAGAAACCCACCCGGACGCCCCAGCCGGGACCCUCGCACCCAACACCGGCACCCGUAACCCGCUCGCCGAUGAUACAUGCUGCCAGUGCCCUUCCACUGCCUUCGCCACCCCGCGUCGGGCUUGGGGGUUUGAUGUGUGUGCGGGGAAACCUGGCGAAUGCAGAUUUACGUCCCGUCACCAAGGCAACCCGAGCGGCUGGGACCCUUCUCCUCUCCUCGCCUCGCACUGGCGACGGCUCUGUUGUUUUUCAGGAAUAGUCGGAGCUUGUUCGGUGACAUAAUUAUUAUUUCUGGUGGUUGAAGAUGCUUCUUUUGGGGCUUCUGGGGGUGCAGAUCCCUCCCCCCCCGCCCCUGCCCUGGCACAGGGCAGCUUCGCCCCUCGCAGGUGGCGCUGUGCUCCCCACAGCUUGGGUGCAGGCAGCGGGAAUGGCGGGGGGCACGUGUUGGGGAGAGAGACCCUGCCCCUGCCCGCACCCUGCCCACUGCCCUGCCUGCCUGCUGCCCCCCUCGCCGGGCCCUGCUCUGGGGUCUCCCAUGGGUGCUGCACCGCCCCUGCCCCCCACCCGGCCAGAGGGCCCCAUCCAGCACGGGGAAGGUGGGGGUGGGCUUCUCCUGGGUUGACCCCCCUUCAGCCCAUUGCCGGAGGGGGCCCAGGGUGCACAGGUGUGGGCGGCCCCCUUGGUGGUGGGCAGAGAGCUCCGCCGGCCCCCAGGGUUUGCUCCCCGCUUCCGUGGGGGCUCAGCAGGGAGCAGCGGGGGGGUCACUCACAGCACCCUGGUGGGGCGGGGCGGGUCCAGGCUGCACUCGGGGGUCCCUGGCAGCUGGUUAGGGGCCCAGCCCUUGUGGCCAACAGCCCCCCAGUACCAGUGGGCAGUAGCCCCCAAAACCUCUGGGCUUCCCUGGCAUGACACUUUGGUGUCCGGGGGGGGGGCACGUGGGAGCCCUGGGCCCGCCCCAGGCCCAGCCUGGCUCUUGCAGCUUCUCCCCGACCCCCAACCCUGGGUCGCAUGGGCUGGGGGUCCCCGGCCAUCACCUUGCCCCCACCAACUAUCCUCCCUUCACCUUGGUUUGCAAUAAAGAUGUUUCUGGA